AUGGAAAAAAAUCCAUUUGUUUUAUACUUUUUGGCUUUUUUGCUUGCAAUGAAGCUGUGUUUGACAUCGAAAGUCCCAGAUCAGAUGAAGAAGCAAUGUGAUCAAAAGCUGCUCAUUCGAAUGAAAACUGAAUGUGUACCUUGCUCUUUAAACCUCGAAACCCGGUGCCCUGCCGGCUACACCAAAAUCACCAAUGGGACUGGAAUACCAGACUGCAGGUAUUAUCUAGAAAUUAAAACACACACACUUUCUUUUCCUGGAUGUCGACAUGCUUGUGUGAAGGAAUUUGAACAACCUGAGUGCUGCCAGGGACACUGGGGCCCAGACUGCAUGGCAUGUCCAGGAGGAGCUGCAUCACCCUGCAACGGGAGAGGACGCUGCUCUGAGGGCAUAAAAGGGGAUGGAACAUGCAUUUGUCAGAAAGGAUUUGGUGGGACAGCCUGUGAAAAAUGUGCUGAGGAGAAUUUAUUUGGUCCUCAGUGCACAUCAGUUUGCAACUGUGUCCAUGGAGUGUGCAACAGUGGAAUUACAGGGGAUGGAAGAUGCACUUGCUUGUCUGGAUACCAAGGACUCAGCUGUGAUCAGCCAAUAGCUGAAUGUGAGGCCUUGCGGUGCCCUGCAAACUCAAGAUGCACCAUCUCAGAUGAGGAUGGCAGAAGACUGCAAUGCACAUGUCUGCCCAACUACCACAGGGAUGGUACACAGUGUGAACCUAUCAACCCAUGCUCCAAGAAGGUCUGUGAUCCUAAUGCCAAUUGCACUUACCUUGGACCAAAUCAUCACCAAUGUACCUGUCAAGAAGGCUACAAAGGGGAUGGUCAAGUCUGCUUACCCAUAGACCCAUGCCAAGCAAUAUACGGGAACUGCCCUGCACAGUCUACCAUUUGCAUAUAUGAUGGACCAGGAAAGUCCCACUGUGAAUGCAAGGAGAAUUAUACAAACUUUGUACCUGGGAAAGGAUGCAGCAUGAUAGACAUUUGUGAAACAAACAACACCUGCCACAAAAAAGCUAAAUGUUCAAUGGUUGCACCAGGACAAAUCACGUGUACGUGCCAGAGGGGCUUUGUGGGGAAUGGGUUUGUGUGCUACGGAAGCAUCAUGGAGCGCCUCCAAGACCUGAACACCGAAGUGGGAGGACGGUGGCAAGGCAAGCUGACAUCCGCCUUGUCGCUCAUGGAAAAUGUCUAUGAAUGGCCACUGAGUAACCUGGGACCAUUUACAGUGCUUGUACCAACAAACAGGGGACUCAAAGGUACCAAUAUAAAGGACCUUCUGAGUAAUAAACUGAAAGCACAGUACUUUGUGAAACUACAUAUAAUUGCUGGUCAACUGGAUACCAGUAGCUUGAAUAAUACUAAUGUAAUAUAUACUUUAACUGGCAAGUCAGGAGAGAUAUCAAGGGGAGAAAAGGAUAAUCAACUAAGAAUUAGAAUCCAGGGGGGAAGGAGGAAAGGAAAACUUUUGCAGGGCAAUAUUAUUGCUUCCAAUGGAAUUUUGCACAUUGUUGACAAAUCCGUGGACAACAUAGAGCCAACAUUUGAAAGCAACAAAGAGGAAACCAUAAUGUCAGUGCUUCAAGAUAAUGGAAAAUACAGCCAAUUUACGUCUUUGAUAGAGAAAACUGGCCUGGGAAUGGAUUUACAGCAGGAGAACAGACCUUACACAGUCUUUGUUCCAAGUAACGGAGCUCUGAGUAAUAUGCAAGCUGAGGCUAUGGAUUAUCUGCUUUCUGCAGAGGGUUCAUGGAAGCUGCUGGAGCUAGUCCGAUACCACAUUGUUUCCAAUGCUGAGCUAGAGGUUGCCAGCCUCAUCUCAAUAGAGCACAUCCGAAGCAUGGCGAAGCAGUUCCUUUACUUUAACAGGACCAGCACUGGACAAGUCUUGGUCAGCGGAGAAGAAAUGGAAGAAACAGACAUUGUUGCAAAAAAUGGUCGCAUUCAUACCCUUGCAGGAGUUCUUAUCCCACCCACCAUCAUUCCAAUUCUACCACAUCGGUGUGAUGAGACAAGAAGUCAAGUCGCAAUGGGUAUCUGUGCAAGUUGUUUCUCACAUGCAUUGAGUCCCUGUCCAGCGGAUUCAAAGCCAAUCCCUUUCUUAAAGAGGAGAUGCAUUAUUGAAGGCCCAACCUUUCCAAAAACUGGCUGUGCUAGAUACUGCAAUAUAACAGUAAAGGAACCGAAGUGUUGCAGAGGCUUCUUUGGCCACAACUGCAGUCCAUGCCCAGGAGGUUUCUCCAAACCCUGCUCAGGAAAUGGGCAGUGCAUGGAUGGCCUGGAUGGAAAUGGGACCUGCAUUUGUGCUGAGGCAUUUCAAGGCUCGCACUGCCAGUUCUGCUCAGACCCUGGCAAAUAUGGACCUCAGUGUGACAAAAAGUGCCUCUGCAUUUACGGGAAGUGUGAUAACCGAAUAGACAGUGACGGGAUCUGUCUUCCUGGAUCAUGCAGAAGUGGAUACACUGGGAAACUCUGUGAUAAGCCCGUUGUUCCCUGCGAGCCCUCCCUACGGCUCUGCCACACACAUGCAGACUGUCAGCUUAGCGAUGGUACAGUGAGCUGCGUUUGCAAGCCUGGCUACGAAGGAGAUGGCAUGACCUGCAGCAAAGUUGAUCCCUGUGCUAGUUUAUACCCAGGUGGCUGCAAUAUCAAUGCUGAAUGCAUGCAGACAGGCCCAGGAGAGUACCUGUGUGCUUGCCAAGCAGGAUGGACAGGCGAUGGACAGGACUGCUCAGCCAUCAACAACUGCCUGCUGCCAUCUGUUGCUGGGUGCCACGAAAAUGCUACCUGCAUCUAUGUUGGGCCAGGCCAGAAUGACUGCAAGUGUAAAGAUGGAUUUCAGGGAAAUGGAAUUGAAUGCACAUCCAUAAACUCAUGCCUGGAACAAAAUGGAAAAUGCCAUCAUCUGGCAACUUGUCAGUUUGAACCUUCUCAUGGCUGGGAAUGUGCGUGCCCAAAGGGCUACGAAGGAGAUGGUAGAAUAUGCUACGGAAAUGCUGCAGAUGAGUUAUCUAGUCUGUCAGAAGCAGCUGCAUUUAACCAGUGGGUUAAUGAGGCUGAGAUAAACUCAGUGUUGUCCACCACCUCAAAUCUAACUGUCCUCGUGCCUUCUCUUCAAGCAAUUGAAAACAUGGAUGAAGAUGAGAAAGCUUUUUGGAUGUCAAAGAGUAAUAUCCCAACUCUACUGAAGUAUCAUGUAUUGACAGGAGCUUACAGCUUUGCUGAUUUCCAGAAUUUAUCGUCCUCUGAUACGCUGCCAACAUCUCUACAGAGCAACUUCCUACACUUGUCUAAAGAAAAUGGGAACCUCACUGUCGAGGGCGCUCACAUCGUGGCUGGCGACAUCGCAUCCACAAACGGGAUCAUACAUGUUAUUGAUAAGGUUCUGACUCCCCUCCGAAGCACUGUCAUGCCAAGGCUGCUGGCCCGCCUGGAGCAAAUGCCCGAUUACUCCAUUUUCAGGGGCUACAUUAUUCAAUACGGCCUGGCAAACGAAAUAGAAGCUGCAAACACAUACACGGUGUUUGCUCCAAAUAACGAUGCCAUAGAAAAUUACCUAAGCAAAAAAAACGUUUCUACUCUGGUUGAGGAUCAAAUCCGAUAUCACGUUGUGAUAGAUGAAAAGCUCCUGAAGAAUGACCUGCACAAUGGCAUGCACAGGGAGACCAUGCUCGGGUUCUCUUACCACAUUGGGUUCUUCCUCCACAACAGCCAGCUGUUCAUAAAUGAUGCACCUCUAAGUUAUGCAAAUGUUGCAACAGACAAAGGAAUUAUCCACGGAUUGGGAAAAGUCCUGGAAAUCAAGAAGAAUAGAUGUGAUAUUAAUGAUACUGUGAUCACUGAAAAGUGCAGAAUUUGUUCACAGCCAUCAAGUUGUCCCCCAGGAACAAAAGAAAUAGCAGGGGAGAAGAAAUACUGUGUCUUCUCGGAAAGCAACAUGAGGAUGUACACCGUCCAGAUCGGAUGCCAGCCAAAGUGCGCUAAAACUGUCAUUACCAGGGAGUGCUGUGCUGGCUUCUUCGGGCCGCAGUGCCAGCCCUGCCCUGGGAAGGCUGGGAGCGCCUGCUUCGGCAAUGGUGUCUGCAUGGACGGCAUCAACGGCACUGGCACCUGCCAGUGCGGAGCGGGGUUUGUCGGCACAGCCUGCGAGAGCUGCAGCGAGGGCAAGUACGGCCGCAACUGCGAUCAAGUGUGUGCAUGCGUCCAUGGGAAAUGCAGCAGCGGGAUCAAUGGGGAUGGCUCCUGUGAAUGUGAUGUCGGCUGGAGGGGAGUGACAUGCGAGAGCGAAAUCAAGGAUGAUGCAUGUAACACCUCAUGCCAUACUAGUGCUAAUUGCCUUCUCCUAUCGAACGGGACUGCCUAUUGCAAGUGUGCAGCUGGGUUCACAGGGAAUGGGACAUUCUGCACAGCUAUUGAUGCUUGCGAGACCAGCAAUGGUGGCUGUUCGGACAAAGCAGAGUGCAAAAAAACAACGCCUGGAAAUAGAGUGUGCAUCUGCAAUUCUGGGUACACUGGAGACGGACUAGUCUGCAUCGAAAUAAACCCCUGUCUGGAGAACAAUGGUGGAUGUGACAGAAAUGCAGAAUGCACCCAGACUGGACCCAAUCAAGCAGUAUGCAAUUGCUUGAAGGGAUACUCUGGAAAUGGCAAAAGAUGCACAUACAUCAGCCUGUGUUCACAAAAUAAUGGAGGCUGCAGUGAGUUUGCCAUCUGUAAUGACACCGAGCUAACAGAAAGAACCUGCACCUGCAGACGUAACUAUGUUGGAGAUGGAUUUAAAUGCCGAGGCAAUAUCUACCAGGAACUUCUCAGGGACUCCAACACAUCUAGGUUUUAUUUUCACUUAGAGGCCUUGUCUAUCAGAGAUAUUGCUGGCCCAGGCCCUUUCACUCUGUUUGUGCCUCACACAGACGUAUUAAACAGCAACCCACAAGUGAGGGACUGGCUCGCCAAAGGGGAGAUGGCACAAAUCCUUCGGUACCACAUGGUGGGCUGUGCCAGCCUGCUGUAUAGCAACCUGAAGACAGUCAGGAACGUCACCUCUCUGCAUGGGGACCAAAUACAGAUCACCUAUUCUCAGAAUUCAGUGUAUUUGAACAAUAAAGCUGAAAUUAUAUUCAGUGAUGCUGUUGGCACAAAUGGCGUGAUUCAUAUCAUAAACCAAAUCCUGGUCCCAUCACGUAUUCAGGAUUUCCCCCCAGGUCCUAAGAAGGAAAGCCUAAAAAUGGUUGCAGCCAAACACGGGUACAUCCUAUUCAGCAAUUUGCUAGAGAAAAACAACCUGCUUGGGCUGAUCAACGAUCCCAUUCACAAACCCGUCACGCUAUUCUGGCCCACGGACACAGCUAUCCGUGGGCUGCCGCAGGAACAGCAGGAUUUCCUCUUCAAGAAAUCCAACACGGACAAACUGGUGCAGUACCUCAAAUUCCACAUCGUCCGUGACGCUGAGGUUUUGGCCUACCAACUCCCUCGCUCCACCUCACUGAAGACCCUGCAGGGCUCCAACCUCAGCAUUAGCUGUGGAGAUAACAGGGAGAUUGGCGCCCUUUUCCUGAAUGACAGACAGUGCAAGAUCGUGCAGCGGCAGCUGGAGUUCGACGGGGGCAUCGCUUAUGGCAUUGACUGCCUGCUGACGGACCCCAGCCUGGGGGGGCGCUGCGACAGCUUCUUCACCGUGGAAUUCAUGGGGUACUGUGCUAGCUGUUUCAGUGGUUCUAAGUGCCCUCCAGGGACAAAACCAAAGGAAGGGAUCCACCGAUGCACAUACGAGACCUACGGGCUGCGGAGGGACGGGUGCCGCAGGAACUGCUCCAUGCUCAUCCACACAGCCAAGUGCUGCAAGGGCUACUUCGGUCCAGACUGCCAAGCUUGCCCAGGGGGUCCAGAGACGCCAUGCAAUAACCACGGCUCCUGUGAUGACGGAUAUGCUGGGACAGGAGAGUGCCGCUGCAACAGUGGCUUCAAUGGGACUUCGUGUGAGCUGUGUCUACCAGGCAGAUACGGCUCCAACUGCAGACUCUGCGAAUGCAAGAACAAUGGGCAAUGUGAGGAAGGAUAUUCAGGAACAGGACAAUGUUUCUGUGAAACAGGAUGGACUGGCCGGCUGUGUGAAACCAAGCUAGCUCUGCUGCCAGUGUGUUCCCCAAGCUGCUCCACCAACGCUGUCUGCAUGGAGAACAACACGUGCCAAUGCAAGCCACUUUACAACGGGGAUGGGAUCACAUGCACAGCUGCAGACCUUUGCAAACAAAACAACGGCGGGUGCCACAAGGCAGCCGAAUGCACACAGCUCGGGGUGAAGGUCUUCUGCAGCUGUCAGAAGGGAUACAAAGGAGAUGGCUUUACAUGCCUUCCUAUAAACCCUUGUGCUGACGGGUUCAACGGAGGCUGCCAUGAACAUGCCAUUUGCACCGUCACAGGACCUGACAAACGCAAGUGUGACUGUAAAAAUAACUACAUUGGUGAUGGGCUGAACUGUUCGGUGAUGCAGCUUCCUCUCAACCGCUGCUUGCAAGACAACGGGCAGUGCCACCCUGACGCGGACUGUGCUGAUCUCCACUUCCAAGAUACCACCGUUGGAGUUUUCCAUUUGCGGUCCCCACAAGGGCAGUACAAAAUGACUUACGAGACAGCAAAGGAGGCCUGCGCCAACGAGUCAGCCACCAUCGCUACAUAUAACCAGCUGCUGUACGCGCAGAAGGCGAAGUACCACCUGUGUGCUGCUGGCUGGCUGGACAGCGAACGGGUGGGGUAUCCCACUGCCUUCUCCUCCCCAAACUGCGGCGCUGGGUAUGUUGGCAUCGUGGACUAUGGGAGGAGAGUCAACCUGAGCGAAACCUGGGAUGUCUUCUGCUACAGGGAGAAAGAGGUGAACUGCACCUGCAAGCCAGGCUACGUGGGGGACGGCUCGUCCUGCAGCGGGAACUUGCUGCAAGUGCUGAUGUCCUUCCCAACGCUGACAAACUUCUUGUCGAAAAUCAUGGCUUACUCCAACAGCUCUAGGAGAGGGAAAGCGUUCCUGCGGUACCUCACAGACCUGUCAGUGCACGCCACGCUCUUCGCUCCAAAUGAUAGCGGACUAAGGGAAAAUCAGACACUUACCGGGCGAGACAUUGAGUAUCAUUUAUCUAAUGCCACAAUCAUGUUUUAUGACGACUUGACCAAUGGAACCACUCUUCUGACCCGCGCUGGGGAAAAACUCCUAAUUACAAACACCAGGGGCCAGGAGUACCCAGCUUCCACCACUGAACAGAACGAGAUCAGAUAUGUGGACGGAAGCGCUAUUGUUGAGUGGGAUAUAAUCGCUUCCAAUGGGAUAAUCCAUGUCAUUUCAGAGCCUUUGAAGGCUCCGCCAGCACCUGUUCCUCUCCAUGCCACUACCGGAACAGGGAUCUUCUUUGGCAUAUGUCUGGUUAUUGGAGUCAUGGCCUUUAUUGGAUACUCGUACCUCAGAUUCAGAAGGAAAAACACAGGCUUUCAGCACUUCAAGUCAAAAGAUGACACUGACAGAACAUCACUGGACAAGUCCCAGCCUUCAAAUAUCACCAACCCCUCCUACGAAAGUUCUUCUGCACUGACUCCACCAGAACCUACGUAUGAUCUUUUCUCAGAUUCAGAUGACCAGCAGCUUGUGAUGAGUGGUCCGCAUGAUCAGAACUAA